AUGCCGACCCCGUGUCAUGCUGUCAUGCCGACCCCGUGUCAUGCUGUCAUGCCGACCCCGUGUCAUGCUGUCAUGCCGACCCCGUGUCAUGCUGUCAUGCCGACCCCGUGUCAUGCUGUCAUGCCGACCCCGUGUCAUGCCGACUCCGUGUCAUGCUGUCAUGCCGACCCCGUGUCAUGCUGUCAUGCCGACCCCGUGACAUGCUGUCAUGCCGACCCCGUGUCAUGCUGUCAUGCCGACCCCGUGUCAUGCUGUCAUGCCGACCCCGUGACAUGCUGUCAUGCCGACCCCGUGUCAUGCUGUCAUGCCGACCCGUGA